AUCCUGCCAUUGAAUCUCAUAGCUGUUCUUUCGACCCAUCAAGGUAGUUUUAGAAAAGAAUUGUUUGCGUUCAAUAGUCUCCAGGUUUCUCCUUCAUUGUCUAAAAUCCGAUCAUACACUAAGAUGGACACCAAGACCCCGGUGCUCACCACCAAGGCUCCCCCACCUCUUCCCGGUAUCUACAGCCAGGCCAUUAUCGCCAAUGGAUUUGUCUACUGCUCCGGCGCUGUUCCCAUGGAUGCAGAGACGGGAAAGAUCAUCGAUGGUGACAUUCAAGCUCACACUCAUCAAUGCAUCAAAAACCUGAGUGCUAUCCUCGAGGCAGCGGGGACAAGCCUCGACAAAGUGGUCAAGGUCAACGUCUUCUUAUCGAACAUGGAUGACUUUGCGAAAAUGAAUAAGGUCUACUCCACCUAUUGGGGUGACAUCAAGCCUUGCCGAAAAUGCGUUGCUGUUAAGACGCUUCCUCUCAACACUGAUCUCGAAAUUGAGUGCACCGCAGUACUG